CCUCUCUCCCUCACCACCCCCGCGCCCUACUCUUCCUCACAAUGAGGCUCACAUCAUCCUUUGUGCCUCUUCUGGCGCUACUCACCGCCACCGCAUCCGCCUCGGUGCUCCCCUCGCACGCACCCGCCGCAGAGGAGAUCCACACCGACUCAGCCGGUAAUCUCAUCUGGGCCGACGAUGAGCCCCAACUCGCCUCGCUUGGUCGCCCAGACUUCUCUGGCUACUCUGCUUCCAUCAACCAGGUAGAGUCGUCUGCUGACCACCUCCUCCAGGAGCUCCAGGGAGAUCUGGCAAAGUUCCUGUCUGGCGUUCACGACAAGGUCGACUCCGUCGUUGACUCUGCCAAGAAGACCACAUCCGGAUGGUUGCGACAAGCCGAGGUCAUCGUCGACGGCAUGAAGUACCAGCGGCUUACUCACCAAGACUACCCAGAGUACGCCCUGCGACUGAGCACCUCGACCAACUCGUCCAUCUGCGACCCCAACGUCAAGCAGUACUCUGGUUACCUGGACAUCAGCGAGACCAAGCAUCUGUGGUUCGUCUUCUUCGAGGCCAGGCACAAGCCAGAGAAGGCCCCUCUUACCAUGUGGCUCAAUGGUGGACCGGGAUGCUCCUCUUCCACCGGUCUCUUGUUCGAGCUGGGCCCCUGCACAAUCGCCGACGAGGGCAACAGCGUGGUCAACAACCCCUACAGCUGGACCAACAAGGCCAACAUGAUCUUCCUCGACCAGCCCGUCAACGUCGGCUACUCCUACUCGGAGGACCAGAACAUCAACAACUCUCCUGCCGCCGCAGAGGACGUGUACGCCUUCCUGCAGCUGUUCCUGCAAAAGUUCCCCGAGUACAGUGAGAAGCCUUUCACCAUUGCUGGAGAGUCAUACGCUGGUCGAUACAUCCCCACCGACGCUGCCUACAUCUUCAACAAGAACAAGGAGCUGGCUGCCAAGGGCAGUCAUGGAGGCGCCGUGCACAUCAACCUCGAGUCCCUCGCCAUUGGCAACGGUCUGACUGAGCCCCUGACUCAAUUCGCCUCUACCGUCGAGUACGCUUGCUCCCCUGACAAUGAGUACGCUCUUUUCAAGAACGACUCGAGCACUUGUGCCUCGCUGGCCCAAAAGGCCAAGACGUGCUCGAGCCUGAUCGAGUCGUGCUACAAGUACGACAACCGUCUUACCUGCCUUCCCGCCUCCAUCUACUGCUGGUCCAACCUGUACAGUCCCCUGCAGGACACUGGUAAGAACUUGUACGAUGUCCGCAAGGACUGCGACCGUUCCAAGGACGGCAACCUCUGCUACAAGGAGAUGGAGUGGAUGGAGGUAUAUAUGAACAAGCCCGAGGUGAUGAAGGCUUGGGGAGCACACAAGGGCGCCAAGUUCCAGUCGUGCAACAUGCAAGUCAACCAGGCCUUCCUCUUCCAGGGCGAUGGAGUCCGCGAUAGCUCUCUUUCCCUCAUCCCCCUCAUCGAGGAUGGCGUCCGCGUGCUCAUCUACAAUGGAAUCGCCGAUGCCAUGUGCAACCACUAUGGCAACGAAGCCUGGGUAGCCAAGCUGCAGACUUCCUUCCUGGAGGAGUACACCGAGGCAAAGAAGCAAGAUUGGGUAUUGGAAGAUGGACACAAGGCUGGAUGGAUCAAGAGGGCUGGAAAGGGUGCGGGAAGUAUUGCCUAUUUGCACAUCUUUGAGGCGGGUCAUAUGGUACCCCACGACCAGCCCGUGGCGGCAUUGGAGAUGUGGGAGAAGUGGAUCGCAAAUGAGAAGUUGGCUUGAAGUGAGAGAGAGAGAGAGGGGUGAAAGGGGCAGGGGCAGGGGAGCGCGUGAGAGGCGAGUGGUUGUAGAAUCGAGAGAUAGAUACAGAAAGAUACAUUCCCACUGCCCCCUUGGCUGUUCCCAUCCGUCGCAUUGUCUUCCCUUUUUAUACAUUCCACAAUCACUUGUCCAUUCUACUCCAAUUCAUACUCCACUCUUCCAUGUUCCGUGCUCCAUGUUCUACAAUGCCCAGAUGCAGAAUCUCAUUAUUAUUCGACAUUAUGUCUUUCCCCUCCUUUCCUAUCAAUCAAAUCAAGAUAAAUCGAGAACAGAUCGGAUCAGAUCACUCCUCUACACUCCAUUUUGGAUUGGAUAGUGGUGGAAUGAGCAAAAAUGGAACGGAAUGGAAUGGAAUGGAUAUAGGGUUGGAAAAAA